AUGCUCGCCUCGUUGAUCCAACCUUUGCAACUGCCCUCGCCCAACAAAGAUGCUUUUGGCAUAGAAACACAAAGCUCGCGCACAAGGGGCAUGGACAAACUCUUGCAUGACGUCGAGAGUCUCUUUGAGGCACCUCUGCGUCCAAGGAGCCUGCACGCCAUGUCAGAACAACUCAAGGCCGAGUUCCGCACAAAACUACAAUCGUCAAACAUAUGCAUGCUGCCGUCCUUUCACUAUGCUUUACCUACCGGCUUAGAAUCCGGCGACUUUGUUGCCCUCGAUGUCGGCGGCUCGACUUUUCGCAUCGCUCUCGUACACCUUGGCGGAGAAGACUCCGCAAGAGAUGGAAUGGACAUCAAGAGGAUGAAGAGCUUCGUCAUAGAUGAACCUAUACGGGACUUGAAAGGCAAGGCUUUCUUCGACUGGAUGGCCGACAAAAUACAAGAAGUGCUUGGCUCAGACAAUGACGUUGAGGUUCCCCUAUCCAUGGCAAUGUCGUGGUCAUUUCCUAUCGAACAAACCUCCACGCGCACUGGCUAUAUUCUUACUAUGGGUAAGGGCUUUUGUGCUACUCAUGGUGUUGAGGGUCAGGAUUUAUACGAGCUUCUCAUGGACUCUUGCAGGCGACGCGGUCUUCAGGUCCAACUCCAAGCAAUCAUUAAUGACUCUUCAGCAACAUUACUUUCACAAGCCUAUCGAGACCCUUCGACUCGGCUAUCACUCAUUUUGGGCACUGGCAUGAACUCGGCUAUUUAUCUGCCUGUGUCUGCACUAGCACAAGAAAAAUAUGGUAGUCGCCCAGAGAGCUGGCAUGCGGCUGCCAAGGACGUGCUCGUCAACACUGAGCUCAGUAUGUUCGGAAGGGACGUGCUUCCAGCUUCGAGAUGGGACCAGUAUCUCAAUGCCACCCAUGAUCUUCCAGACUUCCAGCCUUUGGAAUACAGGGUCAGCGGAAGAUAUCUAGGCGAAUUGGUGCGCCUCAUUCUGAUUGAAGCCAUCGAGACUGCUGACCUGUUCGGUGGUAUGAUGCCUGCUAAGCUUCAGGAACCAUAUUCACUGGGAACUGGGACGAUUGCUGUUUUCGAGAGUGACCCGUCAUCCACUCUAUGCAGCGCUGCGAAAGCCUUCGCAUCUACACAUCCCCUGCCUGCAGGCCGCAUGCCUUCUUCUCGGGAUCUUCAUUUUGUCAAGCAAGUCAGUCGAAUUGUGUCUGGUCGUGCAGCUGCUCUGGUUGCUACAGCUGUUCACGCACUUUGGUCGCUUCAACGAGAUCUCUUGGCUUGUUCAAAUACUGUUGAGACCCAGCUUGCGAGUCAGCCUCGAGAGAAAGCAACAGUAGCAUGCAACGGUACAGUGAUGGAGAAGUACCCUGGCUUCCGCUCAAGAUGUCAAGACUAUCUCGAUGAGCUGGCUGUGAUAAGCGGCCAGAGUCGAGGCGCCAUUUCGAUCGAGAUGGCUCUAGAGAGCUCGGUGUUCGGUGCGGCUGUCGCCGCUGCAUCGGAAUCCGAAACAUAG